AUGAGUCGCUCCAGUUGGCCGCUCUCAUUCGGCCCCUGUAAACAGGGAACCGAGGCGGGCGGUCAGCAGCUCCGGGGCAGCGGGCGGCAGAAAGCGGAGCGGACUUCGGAGCUCCCCCCCCCCUGGACGGGCACCACCAAGAAACUUUUCCCACCCCCGUUUGGCCGCCCCGUUGCGCGGGCCGCCUGGGCGCACGGCCGCCGGCUGCGUCUUUCGGAGCUGACCCCAAGAGCCUCGGCCGUCGCCGGCCAUAGGCAGUCUAUCCUGUGUCUGCGGUGCAGCAUUACCGUCCGGGCACGGCUGCUUUCCACAAGGCCGCCGCCGCCGCCGCCGUCUCGCGAGGGCGCAGAGGCUGAUGACGCGUCGGAGCCACUCCCUUCGAUGGUCGAGAGUCGACGAGGCGCCUUGGACCGGAAAUUCAGCCACGUCAUGGACAACCUUCAAGCCCGCGUCCUCACCGCCUCCCACACCCUCAACGACAUCACGGGCUACUCGUCCAUUGAGGCCAUCAAGGCCGACAACGAAUCCCUCGAGGCGCAGGUGGCGGCCGCCCAGGCCCGCGUCCGCACCGCGCGCCAGGCCUACAAGACGUCCAACACCAAGCGCGCUACCACGCAGCGCGAGGUGACGACCCUCCUGGCCCGCAAGGACAGCUGGUCCCCGUCGGACCUCGAGCGCUUCACCGAGCUGUACCGGACCGACCACGUGCUCGAAGGCGAGGUAGUUGCCGCGCAGGAAUCCCUGACCGAGGCCGAGGCCGAGGAGCAGAGCCUGAGCCAGAGGCUGAGCGCCGGCAUCCUCAAGCGCUAUCACGAGGAGCAGAUCUGGAGCGACAGGAUACGCAGGGCCAGCACGUGGGGCACGUGGGGGCUCAUGGGCAUGAACUUUGUCCUCUUUGUCGCGUUGCAGUUUGUCGCCGAGCCGUGGAGGAGGAAGAGGCUCGUCAAGGGCGUGGUGGAGCAGGAGCAGGCGGUGCUGCAAGAGGUACGCAGCGAGCUCGAGGCCGUCAAGCUGGGCCUGGAGAGGAUGGCCGAGGACGGCCCGGAACUACGGCAGGCGACGGCUCCCGAGCCCGCCCACGCCGAGCAGGCGGCAUUGCCCUCGGCGACGUUGCCCCCCGCGGAAACUACGUGGAAGGAGGUGCUGCUGGAUCCGACCAGGUGGCGGACGGUUGCGGCAGACCUGUACAGCGAGAGGCGGGUGAACUUGCGGAUGAGAGACGCCUCCAUCAUCGCGGCCGAGGGGGCUCUGGCCGGGGCGGCCUUUGCUGGGGGCUUGGCCUUGGUGCUGCUGCGGCGGACGUGA